AUGGAAGAUCCUAGUCCGGACCCCCCGGACUCAUGCUUCCGAUCUCCUCCGCCGUCCUCCAUCUUAGUCGGUCGGAGCUUCUCGGUUGCCUCUCCGGUGUUUCUCGAGUCUCCAUCCGGACGGUCGUCGCUGGCCGGAUUUGGCUUCAACCGCAAUGCUCUACCGCUCGACAACUUAUUCACCCUCCAUCACCGCCGGUUUAUGCCGAAGAUCUCUCUGGAUCUUAACGGCACCAGAUCGGAAAGUUCGGAUAGCUAUCGACGGAUAGUAACACCAUCCCCUGGCUACGUUUCCCUUCGAUUCGACUCAGUGUCGCAGCUCCAUGGCCGAAGGUUGAAGAGCUCUUACUCUACUCCCUCGCCGCGAGCCCGUGUUACUGUAUUGGGCCCAUCCAAUCUUCCCCUUUCCAUCGCCGGCCAUGAUCCCCGCUCCAACAAAGGUGUUGAUGAGCUUCUGAAUUGCAGUGUCCCGUCACCGUUCCUGGUGGUGGUUUGCCCCGAGCACUCACCGUCACCGUCUGCCGAUACACUGGAUUCCAUCGCGACAAUAACAACAACAAAGUUUGGGCUUGGGCUGUUCAAUCGAGUGGGCUUUUAA